UUUUCAUCUAAACAAACAUUGAUCAUUAUUCACAAACAACUUAACAUGUCAAGACUGACUACUGAGCUCUUUGAGAAUGAAAUGAGGCAUUUUAUUUCAAGAAAACUUCUACUUCACACUUAUUCAUACCAACAACCAGCGGCUGCUGUGACAGCUCCGUCACCGUCAAGCCCAUAUACAGAACAUAACAACUUUGAUGCGAAUGUGGUGAUGGUGCUGUCGGUGCUGAUAUGCGCUCUGAUUUGCUCACUAGCGUUGCACUCCAUCAUCAGGUGUGUAUUAAGAUGCACGGGAUUCUCUAGUUCGGAAAGUAGCGGUAGCCAGGAAACAACUUUAGUUAAAGCCAACACUGGAAUCAAGAAAAAAGCAUUAAAGAGUUUCCCAACAGUCAGCUAUUGGGAAGGACUGAAGCUAACAGGAUUGAACAAAGAAUGUGUUAUAUGCUUGGGUGACUUUUCAACAGGAGAGCGAGUAAAAAUACUGCCCAAGUGCAACCAUGGAUUUCAUGUGCGUUGCAUCGAUAAAUGGCUGAGUUCACAUUCAUCUUGUCCAACUUGCAGGAACUCCUUACUUGAAACAUGUCAAAACUUUGUCACAGGUGGGAAAUGUAGCAGCAGUAUGUCUUCGCAACUGCAAGAGCAAGGUCCAAGUAAUACAACUAUUUUAACCAUAUUGCCUCUGUCGCAUGAAGGUCUUGUACGAAAUUAUGAGACGUGACUAGCACAAAAUGAACAAAUCAAAUGUAAUUACUGUAAUAAUCAUACGUAGAUAGGUAGGAAUUGUCCAUUGAGUAAUUUAAAUUAUUAUUGACACCAAAAGUUCUUUCCAUACAAUAAAUUACAUGUAAUCACUACAACGAUAAGACCCUAUACCGAUGACACUUUCAACCCCUAUACCGACAAUAAGUCAUCGGUAAAGCCUGUACCGACGAUUUGUCGUCUUUGAAAAGUCAUCGGUAAAGCCUUGCCGGUAGAAGUGGAAAUAUCGUCGGUGUAAAUGUCGUCGGUACAAGUCAACCAAUUCCGACGACUUGUCGUCAGAACACAGUCGUCGGAAAUGAUCUUCGACAAAAAAAAGUUUUAAUAUAUUUUUUAACAGACGACUUAUCGUCGAGAGAGAUUUAGUUGUUCAGAUGACUUGUCGUCGAGAAAAAUACGUAACUAUCAAUUCCUUUUUAGCUAUACCGAUGACAUGUCGUCGGUAAAGUUUAGAACCGUUUUACAGUUAAGAUUUUUUAAAUAUACUAAACAUGUUUUUUAAACAGCUCUUGACAUUAUAUAUGUAGAAUACUUUCAAACACUAAAUAACCAAAACAAGCCAUCAAAGUUCAAAUUCAAGAACUAUUACAUACCUAAAAUAA